CGCACGAGCUGCUGCACGUCUUCUCCUUCCUGGAGGCGCGCGACCUGCUGUGCGCCGCGCAGGUGAACAAGGUAAAAGGAAGUGAGAGUAAUCUGCUACAGGUCACUGUGAAAGCCAGUAUCUAAAAGAAAGAUCCUCAGAGGUCUGGAAUGAGGUUUCUAGGACCAAGGAACUGUGGAGGCAGCUAUGUUUGAGACGCUGGUCUUGCAAAGCCUCCCCAGUGGUUGUGGGCACACAGACAUGGAAACAGUACUAUUUCUGCCGGUCUGAGCUAGAGUUCCGAAUGGAAUCUGGGCGGCCACAGGACUUCAUCUGCAAAGCUAUUCCUGGACACACAGGACAGGUAGAUCAGCUGGCCUACAUCUCAUCCAAUGAAUAUUGCUUUGAUGGAAGGGCAAAAUCUGUGGUUUGUACUGUGUCCUCAGAUGGUACUGUGCGUGCCUGGGAUUUACGUGAGGACACAGAGCUGUGGUCCAGCUCUGUUCAGCCUGCUCCUCUGGUGAAUUUGGUGGCUUAUCCUGAGCUACAACUGGUUGUUACCGUGGACAACCAGGGGUUGAUCAAGGUGUGGAAAGCAGAGAAUGGGUAUGAGCUGGGAUCCUUCCACCUACCAACCUAUUCUUCUUCAAUGGAGACCUGUGGCGACAGAGAGAGCCCCUUCCUGCUGGCAGCCUGUGCUGAAGGGGACCUCUAUUCACUGAUGGUGCCUCAGCUGCAGGUGGUCUCCAAAGUGACUGCAUUUCCUCACACUUCUGUGAGUCUCGACUGCUCUCCAGACCAACAGUGGGUGUGCGCAGCUGCACAAGGUUCAGACUUGGGCCCAAAGGUGUACUACACUCGGUCUUUGCUGUAUCCAUCAGAAGACAAACCUCCUAUCUUCACUACCCUCCCCAUCAGGCUGAGCUGCAGAGCCUGCUGGGCCCCUGCUGAGGCAGCCAGGCUGAUGGUGAUGCACAGAAGUGACUUCAGCACACAGCUGGUUAUUACCACCUUCGAGUUAAAGGCAGAGAAGUCCAGGGAUAGAGUGAACCUCCUGGCACAGCAGCUGGUCAGUUUCCUCUUGCCAGAUACCAUGGUUCCACCACAGCUCAUGCAGGGCCACGGAUCCCAGGUGAUUCUCCUUGCCUCUGGGUCAAAGCUGGUUCUGUUCACCACACAUGGCCUGCAGCUGGUGGCUUUCCAGGAUCACCAGAAGCCCAUAACAUCCAUGUGGGUGGACCAGGACAGAGUCAUCACCUCUUCCUUAGACCUCUCUUUGCGUGUCUAUGUGUGGAAUAAGAAAAGUGAAUUUCCUGUCCUCAAGAGCUGCUACCAUUUGCUUGGUGGAUCCCACAGAUGGGCUCGUGGAUUUACCCAUGUGAAAAGUGACAGCAUGAGCAUUGUGGGUGUAGAAGCCAGAAGCACCAGAACAAGUAUUCUGAGGUCAUAUUACUACAGAGUUCAGCUUUGCUAAAAGAAAUUCUACCAGCCAGGCGUGGUGGUGCAUGCCUUUAGUCCCAGCACUUGGGAGGCAGAGGUAGGAGGAUCACCAUAAAUUUGAGGCCACCCUGAGAAUAGAGUGAAUUCCAGAUCAGCCUAGGCUAGAGUGAGACCGUACAUCAAAAAACAAAAACAAAAACAAAAGAAAAAAAAUCUACCAGCUGAAGAUGUACUCACUUGGGUAGAGUUUGCAUGCAUAUGAAAGUUGAAUGAUGUUAAUCAACUUUGGAAGAGGAAUUGGUAAUUCUCUGAUGCCUACUAUGUACCAAGCAUACUAUGCUGUGUGAUUUUACCUUUAAAUCUUCACAACAAGCUAAUUAAGAAGUU